AUUCAGCCAAUCAGCUGUCACUAGCGGAGACGGUUUGAAAUUGAAGCGGGCGAUGGCGGAAGAGAUGAGAGGACAAUAAUAAACAAAAGCAGCUCUCUUCGCCUGGACAUCAGUCAUAUUUCAUUGGAAUGGAGUUAUGUUCACUUUUAACUAAAAUACCGAGCAGUGGCUGCGUCCGUCUUCGACAUUUUUCAUGUCGUGUAUUGUAAGUUAGGUAACCGGAGUGGAGUUGUCGUUAGCUAGCUGACCCUUGAGCUCAUCUUAACGUUUUAGUUUUUUUAAACAGCCGACCGCCAUGUCGUUAUUUAGCGUACAAGCGAGGAAGCACACAGCUUAUUAUGACCAUCUAAUGUCAACAUCAACAUCCAGGACGCCGGGCAGGGAGCGAAAAACGACAGACACAACGCUAGGAAAAAGCGAGAGAACAUCCGGAGAGUCUGCGUGUGAAGACAGCAGGUCAUCUGAUAAAAGCCGACAGGUGAACAGGACUUAUGUCGUCUCUGCGCUGUCAAAAAGCGGCAGCGGGCAGCAGACUCCUUACCGUGGCCGACUCACUCUGCAGAGGAGGUCAAGGAGGAAGACCGGGGCUGACACAACGGAGAAGACGAUGAUUGAAAGCAGCCGGGAUACCACACCAGCUCCGGAGAAGAGACUGACCCUGCAGCGUCGGACCAGGACUCCCUCAAUGGAUAAAAGCGUAUACGGGCAGCGUGCGGUCAGCGGCACCGGCCUGCAGCCGACGCCGAAAGUCCUGAGCGAACCAAACGGUAGGGCACCUGGUUUAUUCCGGUCUAUGAGUUUAAGAGACUCUGCCUCUAAGAGCAAAGGCAAAGAAACUGCUGCUCAUGUGGAAACCCAUGCGAGGCCGGCGGCCAGCAAGACGCCCUCCUCCUGUGCUUCUUCCUCCAUUACUAGGCAGCUAGAGGACCAGGCCCACACCUUUAAAACCCCUACCAAAAAGACCCCGUUUGAGAAAAUCGCAGCCAGGAGAGAUGUGUUCGAGAGACUGGCGGGGAAAGAAGCUCCUAAACCACUGGCAGCCAAAUCUUUAAGUCUAGAGAGGCCCAAAUCCCGAGCACAGCAAGCAGAGGACGCAAAGCCCGUCCCAGCUCCUCGGGUCAGCAAGGCCUCCUCAGGUGUGCACAAGACCAGCGCCCCGCUGCAGGUGAGGAAGACCUCCACCUCGAGCCAGAAGGGAGACGCGACCCAGACCAGGACCUCCACUCCUGCUCCAGCCCCAGCAUCCACCGAGCAGUCCCUGUCCUGUGCCCUGAGGCAGCAUGAUUCAUUUAAGAUGGAGAACAGUGCAGUGACUGUUGCUGUCCGUGUACGGCCUUUCAACGCCAGGGAGAAGGCAGAGAAGGCAUUGCAGGUCAUCUUCAUGAACGGGCAGGAGACUACGGUCCAGCAUCCAGACUCCAAACAGAGCUAUUCUUUCACCUACGACUUCUCCUUCUGCUCGGUGGAUGAGUUUGACCCCACCUUCGCCAGCCAGCGGACGGUGUACGAGACUCUGGGCAAACCUCUGCUGCUGCGGGCCUUCGAAGGGUUCAACACCUGCCUGUUUGCUUAUGGCCAAACAGGCUCUGGGAAGUCAUACACGAUGAUGGGCUUUGGCGAGGAGGAAGGAGUAAUCCCGCGCUUCUGCCAUGAGCUUUUUUGUAGAUUGGCCUCCAUGGAAAAUGAAGAGGUCAAAUGUCAUGUAGAGAUGAGCUUCUUUGAAGUGUACAAUGAGAAGAUCCAUGACCUGCUGGUGACCCGGGAGGAGCCAAACCAGAGGAACAUGCCUCUGAGAGUGAGGGAACAUCCAGUACAUGGUCCGUACGUUGCUGACCUCUCUGCGAAUAUUGUGAGCUCUUACAAUGAUGUUCAGGGUUGGCUGAAGUUGGGCAACAAACAGAGAGCCACAGCAGCUACAGGAAUGAAUGACAAGAGCUCCAGGUCACACUCCGUCUUCACCCUGGUUAUGACCCAGACUCAGACUGAGUUUGUGGAGGGUGAGGAACAUGAGCACAGCAUCACCAGCAGGAUCAACCUGGUGGACCUGGCAGGCAGCGAACGCUGUAACUCGGCACAGACAAGUGGAGACCGGCUCAGGGAGGGUGCUAGCAUCAACAAAUCCCUCCUUACCCUUGGAAAGGUCAUCUCAGCCCUGUCGGAUCAAGCACUGACCAGAAAGAAGGUCUUCAUACCGUACAGAGAGUCUGUCCUGACAUGGCUGUUGAAAGAGAGCCUCGGUGGUAACUCCAAGACAGCCAUGAUCGCCACACUGAGCCCGGCGGGCAGCAACGUGGAGGAGAGCCUAAGCACUCUGCGCUAUGCCCAGCAGGCCCGUACAAUCAUUAAUGUGGCAAAGGUCAAUGAGGACACCAGCGCCAAGCUAAUCAGAGAGUUGAAGGCUGAGGUGGAGAAGCUGCGUGCAGCCCAGAUGAGCUCCCAGGGCAUUGAACCAGAGCGCGUCAGGCUGUUCCAGCAGGAGAUCUGCGCCCUGAGGAACAAACUCUGUCAGCAAGAGAGAGAAAUGGUCGAGGCCAACCGGGCAUGGAGAGAGAAACUGGAGCAAGCUGAAAUUCGCAAACGUGAAGAGACGAAAGAGUUGCAGAAAGCAGGUGUGACAUUCAAAGUGGACAAUCGUCUUCCCAACCUUGUGAACCUGAACGAGGAUCCUCAGCUGUCUGAGAUGCUUCUCUACAUGAUCAAAGAGGGUCAGACCACAGUGGGCAAGCUCAAGUCUGAGUCCAGCCAUGACAUCCAGCUGACAGGAGCCCUCAUUGCUGACCAACACUGUGUUAUAACCAACAUCCAGGGCACUGUCAGCGUCACUCCCAUGGAAAACGCCAAAACCUUUGUUAAUGGAAACCUCAUAUCUGAAUCCACUGUCCUGCAUCAUGGAGAUAGGGUGAUUCUCGGUGGAGACCACUACUUCCGCUUCAACCAUCCAGCAGAGGUGCAGUCUGGAAAGCGGGUGUCAUGCUGGACAAGUGCAGGCGAUGGCCAUAAAGACUUUGAAUUUGCCAAAAAUGAGCUGCUUGCAGCUCAAAGAGCUCAGCUGGAAGCAGAAAUUGAAGAAGCCCAUUUGAAGGCGAAACAGGAGAUGAUGCAGGGAAUCCAAAUGGCAAAAGAGGUGGCCCAGAAGGAGCUAUCAGACCAAAAGGCACUUUAUGAAGACAGGAUCCGAGGCCUGGAGAAAGAGCUGAAUGUGGAGACUGAGCGGAAGCGUCAGCAGGAGUUGGACCAGCAGAGGGUGGCCAGCCAGAUGGCAAAGCUGAAAAUGGCCAAGCUGGAGCUUGAGCAGGAGGUGGACACCCACAAGACACGCCUCCGCCUGCACAUGGAGGCCCAGGCGAUGGAGGAACACCAUGUGCGUCAAGCGAAGAUUGUUGAGGCCCUGGAGGCAGAGAAGAGGAAGAUCAGCAAAGAGCUUGAGGAGAUGCAGAAGAAACGAGCCAUGAGAGAAAAUCACACUCCCCGAAAUGCUCCUCCACAGUGGGAUACCAUGAAGUUGUCCCUGAUGAUUGAGGAAGCCAAUAAGAUCAGUGCUAAACUUAGGAAAAACACAGUCUUCAGCAGACACGAAAGCUCUGACGAGAACCUGGAGCAGGGUGGUCUGCUACAGGUGCGGGUUCAGAACACAAAGCUGGGAAUCUCAACUUUCUGGAGCCUGGACAAGUUCCAGAACAACAUGGCUGCCAUGAGGGAACUCGAGCAGGGGGAUUCCACCUCUAAAGAUGACGAUGUGUUUUAUGACCCCGAUGAUGAGUGGGAGCAAGAUAUAUCGGCCUCCUCUGCUUCCACCUCCUCCUUCUCACGCAGAAGGAGCAGGAGCUUGUUGAAGAGCAGGAGAAUCUCAGGGCGCCUCUACGAGAUCCGGGUCCAUCCGAUUCAAAGCCUUCACAACAGCUCCUCACAAUCUGCUGGACUAAUGGGUGUGGUCAAACCACCCUCCACCCAUUCCAUCAGCACAAACUCUGCAAUGCCUGGCAUCUGCAAGGAGCUUAUUGGCCAUUCAGUCGCCCGUUUGCGUGGUUGUAGUGGGACCGAAGAGACCAUGGCAGACAGACUGGCCUCUGAUCUGCACCUGGUGUAUAUGGCGGUCUCGACCAUAUCUGAACUAUAUGACAGCCUGGAUGAUGACAACCAGGAAAACGUGUUUAUGUGUAACUUGGUGGCUCAGACUCAGCUGGUCAAGGCUACCACAGCCAUAGAGAGCGCAGUGUUCGUUACCAUGCAGUGGUUGGCCAGUGUUAAACCCUCCUCAGGCCUGCUUUACACCAUUGCUGAGGAACUCAAGAGCCAAGUCAAGAAGAUGGGAGGAUUCUUCCAGCUGCUUAUUCAGGGUUGUGAAUCUGAGAUCACGUCAAUGGUAACAGAGGCACGGAGGAAGAGCGGUCAGUGCCUGGAUGCAGCAUUGCUUGCACUCAGCCACCUGGCGGCAAUGACAGGCAUGCAGCUGAAUGCUAUGGAGUGGGGUGCCCAGGCCACAGGCAAGCAAUCCAUUGUCAUGUGCCUGCUAAAGGGGACCAAGAAAGGCGUCCACUCUCUCUUAGAGGACUCCCUCAUCAUCACCAGAGAAAUGCUGAGAGAGGCUCAGUUGUCCUACCCCAGAAACCCAGUCCUGCAGAGCCUAAAAUCCAAGAUGCUUGACUUAGCCCGUGCUCUGCAGAGCUACAUGCAUUGCCAUAUCAUGGCAAGGGACGCUGACCCAGAGGAGGUGGAUGAGGGGGAGGAGGCCUCAGCUUCUCAUUUGCAGGGACUGAGGACCGCAGCCGCCAAGCUGUUCCAGCUGAACCAGGCCAUUAGACAGCUGCAUUCCUCUCUGUCUGCCGCCCUGCGAGGAAAAGACAGAGACUCCAACCUCAGCAGCUGCAGAGAGCUGAUCUCCUCCUCUGCCAAGGCUGUUGAUGAGCUGAUCACUGGUCUGUCCAAGGAGGUAGCACUGACGCUGUCCCUGCAGCUUCCCUGUCUUCAGAGCGUCAUUGAUGCACGAGACGAGCUCUACUCUGCCCUGCAGUCCCUGUCCUCCUGGAACCAACAGGGAGCUGGAGAAGGCAGAAGCUCUGCCGCUUCAGAUAAGAGCGCAGAAGAUGAAAUGUUAACUAAAGAGAGUGCUACCACUUACAGUGCUGUUAGAAAUCAAGUCGUGAGUAAGAUAGUGUACUCUCUCCCCUCUGGUGCGUCGUCCAAAGGCAGCCCACACUGGGUGUGAUGUGCAUUUGUACAAUGUUUUAUCCUUCAUGAUGCACUCACAUCGUGUACGAUUUACUGUAGAAAUGAACUGCUGAUAUCUUGAAAAGUUUGAAGUGAGCUUGCUGCUGGUAAUAACAAGUGGGUCAUACAACAGCCACUGCAGAGACUUCUUUAGUGUCGCCAUCCAAGUUGAUAAAAAGUGUUAUAUUAACAUACAACCUACUCUGCUUUUUAAAUAUAUCUAAAUAUCUGCAUAUUUUCAUGGGCUAUUUUUUUGGAUUACAAAGAAAAUCAUAAAUGCAGGCAAACAAAAUAAUUCAAUAUGUUCCAACUAGAGCAAUAAUUCCUAUCACUGUGUCACUUCUGAUAGGGUGUAAAAAGCACUACUGUCAAGAUGUGUUGUUGGUGUGUAGUACGCCCUUGCCUCAUUCCCUGUCCAGGCGCGUAGGAGAAACUAUGAUGGUUGCAUAAAACCUGAAAGGCCCUAUCUACAGCCAGUGUUUGGGUUAUCCGUUCAGGGCUACUGUACAAACGUGAUGGUUCAACAUGGCAGUGUCCGUGGAAGAGGACCCACUCUAACUCCAGUUAUCAUUUGCUACUAAGAGCAUUAAAGAUAUUUUGGAUACAAGUAUUAGAACAAACACUUCACUCACCAGAAUGUGCAGUUUAAUGAGGUCACUCAUGAUGGGUAAAUACCAUUAGGCACAGUUGGCUGUAAGGAGAAUGUUCACUUGUGCUGUACCAGGCCUCUUACGUUGUACUAUAUUUUUCAGAGGACUCUAAAUUAUUGUUUGUUGCUUUUUUUUUUUUUUUUAAAUGAAUUCAAACAUGAAAGAUUUCACUAUGCAGCAGCACAGGUAGUGUUUUUGAGGAAAGAAAAGAAAAAAAUAAUGAAAGGCAUUCUGACCUUCUCCGCUGUAUUCUUCUUUCUUGUAUGAAGCUAUAUUUGGUUCUCAUAUUUUCAUAAAGUCUUUUAUGUUGUUAUAACGCGUCCUGCAACAAUUUGCACUCCAGAGAAAAUUGUGUACUUAGUGUUUCUUCUUAAUACAUGUACUUUAACAAAGUGGUAUUUUAUGUCCUUUCAGUAUUUUUGUAUCACUGGGUAAAAAUUUCAUGUCAAAAUAAUGGAUCAACUUGUACUUCUGCAAUAAAUGCAUGUGGCUUGAUUUGACAA